UACAUGAGUUUCAGUUCGGCCAUUGAACUUACGUCACCUUGGUUAUCACGCGCAAUAAUAGUAACUUCCGCACAUGCGUACAUCGCUGUGCGGCAAAAAAAACAGGAAGUGCCCUACGCUAUUCGCGGCAAAAUCAGAACGUUGACAUUUACUUUCUUACUCGUUGCUUACAAAGAAGAAUGCCUGCCAGUUGCUGUGCUAUCGACUGUUGCAAUCGUGGGUACAAAGGGAGCGUUUUGAAAUUUUAUCGCAUUCCAAAGGAUGAGGGAAUUCGUAAGAAAUGGAUUAUUGCGAUUCGCCGUGUCGACUGGACUCCAACAGAAUAUUCCCGCAUAUGCAGCGAUCAUUUUCUGAAAGGUAGACCAUCAAAAGAUCCAAAUGAUGUGGACUAUAUUCCAAGUCUGUUUUCCUUCACCAAAGAAAGUAAGGUCACUACAUCUCAGAAGAUUGACCGAAGGAAGCGACUUGAGGGCAGACAUGAGAAUGUCAAUCGUGGCCUGGCUGCAACUGCUCUACUGUCUCUAUCUAGUACUGACAACAAUAGUCAUGCUGAUGCAUGUGUACAGACGGAUCCUAUGAUGACGCUCCGACAUUGCUAUUCCAAUGCCUGCCAGACUGAACUACAUGAUCUGCACAUUGACAGUCUGCAUAAAGAAAGGGAAUACUGGAAAGAAUAUGCCCUUAGCUUAGAGAAGACCAAUGCCAUACAACAAAAGUAUGUUGAAACGUUAGAAAUGCAAGUCACCCUUGUCCAGACACAUGUGGAUUCCUUACAAUCAAAAUUACGACAGUUGGAAGCAGAAGUAUCUCAUCUACAAAAACAAAAUAACAGAGUAUGCUGUUUCACUAACAUGGUAAAAAAUCCAAAGCAGUUGUCCUUUUACACUGGUCUUCAAAGUUGUGAAGUCUUUAAAGACAUUUUAAGUGAAAAGUCACAUCAUGUCAACAGGAAAAAAAGUAAGCUUACUUCGGAAGAUGAACUGCUACUAACUCUGAUGAAACUCAGGAGUAAUUUGUGUAUGCAAGAUUUAGCUUUCAGAUUUGGAAUAGCAAAAUCAUCAGCCACCAAAAUCUUUCAUGCUUGGUUGGACGUCUUGUACAUUCAACUGGGAGGACUUGUCAAGUGGCCAGAAUCAAUGGACAUGCAGUUGCCGACAGCAUUUCGCAACAAAACAUUUCGAAGAGUCAAGUGUAUUAUUGACUGUACUGAAAUCUUCAUAGAAAGGCCAAGCAACAACAAAGCAAGGUUACAGACAUACUCCCGGUACAAGCAACACAACACAGUAAAGUUUCUACUUGGGAUCAGCCCCUCUGGAGCCAUCAUCUUCCUCUCCCCUGUGUGGGGUGGACGAGCCAGUGACAAGGUCAUUACACUCCAGAGUGGCAUCAUUGAGAAGUUUGUUCCAGGUGAUGUAGUUUUGGCUGACAGAGGCUUUUUCAUCGACACUGAAUUGGCAACCAGGGGUGCAAAGUUGACAGUACCUGCAUACACCAAAGGCAAGAACCAACUCUCAAGACAAGAAGUUGAAACAUCUAGGGUGUACUCAAAUGUGAGAAUUCAUGUGGAGCGCGUUAUCAACCGCCUCAAAGACUGGGCUGUCAUAAAGGGUCCCCUGCCUAUCACUCUUGUCAAAAGAGGGAAGACCUCUGAGAAGUGUACCGUUGGCAAGAUGGUACAAGUGUGUGCUGCCUUGGUGAACUUGUGUCCUCCAAUCCUGGAAUAAUUUGAUGUAGUUCAUUGAUUGACUUGGAAUAUAU